UUCACUCAGGUCUUAGAAACCCUAUUACUACUCCAAAUUUGAGAAACCUGCCAAGACACCUGUGUUAGUCCCUUGAAGAGAAAUUUUUUUAAGGUGUGUAGAAGUGUUUUUGAAGAGAGGUGUUUUUGACCCAUCUCUCUAAAAUAGAAAGGUUCAUAAAGGGUUAACAAGCUGAAAGAGGAAAAAGGAAGUUCCCUUCUGAUCACUGUGCUCCCAGGCUGACAGUGAGAUAGUGAAGUUUCCUGUUGAAAGAGUAGAGAAGUGCAGUCAGGCAUACUAUUCAAACAAGCCAGACACAGAAGUCUGGAGUAGAGGAUUCACUAAGAGUUUUAGUAAAGCUGCAAGAUAAAAAGCUUCACACUUUCAGUUUUGCCUUCAUCUGUAACAAAGCUUUCAUACACAGAGGCUAAACUAUCUUCCCCUUUUCUCUGAGGAAAAUCUGCUUCCUGCACAUGGAAGAAAACUGCUAGUCACCACAACUGGAAAUAUCAAAUACUAGUCAGUCAUAUACUAACCUGAGUGCAAUCAUGGCCCUAGUCCGGCUGUUCUACUCCCUCGCUGUGCUGCUCAAAUUGGCUCUGUCUGUGGACCAUGUACCUAUGCUGCUCUGGUCAACUCACAGCUCACUGUGGAACUCUGAAGCUGCUUUACAUGAGGGACACAUUAUCUCAAAGCAGGAGCUGCAUAUGCUGCUGCAACCUGUGUUUACCCAGGAUUCCAAGAACCUUGUCUUGUUCCUUCAAGAUACGCUUAGCAUCGAUGACUUCACGCAUUACAGUGAAUCUUAUGAAAAUGAGAAGCCAUUUCACAAUGUUCAGGAACUCCUUGAGUCUUCAUCAUCCUCUUUAGUUUUAUCGGCUGUUGAUUGUCAGGCUACCAGUUACCUUUUGGAUUAUCUUCAAGAAUCAAUGGAUUGGAAGCUAACAGACAUAGAUGAGUUUGAAGUAUCUAAGCUGGAAGUAGACACAUCCAAGCCCAACAUAUUUGUGAUAAGGCUACAGCCAAUCAACAGAUUAAAUGAUAUUUCUACUGCAAAGGCUUUUGCUGCAAAUGACAUAAUAAUUGGAAGACUGACUAUGAGUCUGCAAGAACAAGGAAUUCAGUUUUCAGUAAUUUAUACUGCAGUGAGACCUUCAAGGAUUCCCAGAAGACCCAAUGUAGUGUUGGAAUCAAGACGGCGACUCAUGGCCACUGAAGCGCAAGUGACAGAUGCAUACUAUCCACUGAAUGUGACCAAUGGAACCAGCACAUGCAUCCUUUUUUAUGCCAGUAAUUUCAGCCUCACAGCCAACAAAACAGUUCAUGCGGAUUUGACAAAUUUAACAUUUGUGUCCCGUAAGGUGGACUUCAGUUCAUCUGUUUGUUCAGACGCCAAUGCAACGUUGUCAUUGAACUAUACUGGGUUAGUGGAUGGAAUCAACAACCUAAAAAUAAGAUUUCUAAUGACCCAGAAGUUCUAUAAAGGCUCUGCUCGAAAAUGGUUUACUUUAGAUUCUGUCGAGAUUGCACAUGACAACCAAAUUGUCGCUAGAUUUAAUGUCUCCAUCAUCUCUGCUCCUGCUGAGUAUUCAUUUCAUUGUCAGCUGGUGGGAACCAGCAGUCUCUAUGGUGCAAAGCUGAUUCCAGCCAACACUGAAGCAAAGAACUGGGAUGUUUACCUUUCAGAGUUCCAAAUUCAAGGCUUCAAUAUUCAUAAUAACAUGUUUUCCUACGCAAGCGACUGUACAUCUUUCUUCUCUCCUGGAAUCUGGAUGGGCUUGGUAACGUCAAUAGUUUUAUUAUGGAUCCUGACCUAUGGAAUCCACAUGAUCAUGCAGCUCACAACAAACAGUAGAUUUGAUGAUCCAAAAGGCCAAGCUCUGUCAGUUCCUCAAACAGAGUAGCAAUGGAUUGUUUUGAUAUUGCUUAAAUGUUUCUUAUUAGUAAGAUUAAGUUUUUGUCACGGUUAUUUUUAGUAAAAGUCAGGGACAGGUCACAGGCAAUAAAUAAACGUUCACAGAAGCACACAAUCUGUCUGUGACUUUUACCAAAAAUAAAGAGCGGGGACUGGCUGCCAGGGGAAUGGACAGCCUGAGCCCACCAUCAGAGGAGGAGGGGGGCUGAAGCUGAAGAAGCCACAGAGAUUUGUUAAAAUCAUGGAAUCCGUGACCUCCAUGACUAAAUUAUAUCCUUACUUAUUAGCGAUGUGUGAUUUUUAUGUUCUUUAUGCUUUAUAGUGAAUGUACUCUAAGCAGUUACUGUAAUAGAAAGGUUUAGUAAAACUCCACAAAUCUGGACAAUGAAAUCCUUCCUGAAAAAGAGAACCUUACUCUUGGCAACACUGAUGAUUCUACCAGCUGUUACCCAUUUGUUCAUAGUUGUCUGAGUUAGUCUACACUGCAAUUAAAAAGCCACUGGCAUUGAGUCUCAGAGCCCAGGUCAGCUGACUCAGGCUUGUGGGGCUCAGGCUGAGGGGCUAAAAGUUGCAGUGUAGAUGAUUGGGUAGAUGAUCGGGCUUGGGUAGGAUCCCAGGCUUUGAGGUUCCACAAGGUGGGAGGGUCUUAGCCCAAGCCCCAAUGUCUACACUGCAGUUUUAUAGCCCUGUAGUCCAAGACCUGUGAGCCCGAGUCAGCUAACCCAGGCCAGCCACGGGUCUUUUAUCCCACUGUACAUGUACCCUUAAAGGCAUAAGGUGAAGCCAACGGCAGUCUGGACUCUAACCAGCCAUUAGAAAGAAAAGUAAGAACUUCCAGCAGAUUCAUUAUUCUUCGGAGGAAGAGAAGGAAGGGUGCUUAUUUUUUUUAAAAAAAGACAUUCCUCUGGUAUUUUGGAGAUAAUCUUCGAAAACAAAAUGUUUAUUGAGAAAUUGUCUAUUGAAACUUCUCAAGUCUCCUAUUAAGUUUUUUCCCCUAAGUAUAAAGAAUAUCACAAAAAAAGAUAUUAAUUACACAAGAGGCAAAAAGGUAAAGUUUUUUAUGACAACUGGCAUAUGUGUUUUAUUUUGGCAGUGUGAGUAACAGCAGGGAAAGUGGUAGAGAUACAUAAAUGAAGUGGAAGCAUGUUUUGAAAAGGUUUACUUUUUAAAAAAAAGACAACGUUAUUCAGACUACCCUUCAGAAAUGGCAGGAGCUUUGCAAAAAUGCGACUUCUAAAUUAUUGCUAGAAACUAAAGUUAAAUGGGAAUGAAAUAUUUAAAAAUGAAUAUUGGAAACAGAGAUUAAAAUAAUGUUAUCCUGUCAUGACAAAAAACAUAUUUUGGAUAUAUUUGAAGAAAAAAAUAAGCCUAGCGUUUGUAAAAGCCAAGGAGAGUUUGGUGCCUGACUCUCAUUUCAAUUUUAAUGGGAUUUUGCUGCUAACUCCCUUAAACACCUUUGAAAAUUCCAGCCUUAAAAGAGACUUGAAAAGGAUUUGUUGAAAACUGAAAACUUAUUUGUAGGGUUCCAAAAGGGGAAUCUUUCUUGCUGUUGUUCAGAAAUAUAUUAAGCCAUUUAUUGUAGAAAAAUACAAAGAUGUGGAAAAAAAUCAAUCCACGCGUUGUGUUUUCAAUCAGAUCAGCCCGAGGCCCUUUUAUUGAUUACCAGUGCGCAGGGAAGAACCGUUAUGGAAACGGCCUCUCCAAAGCUAGUUACAGACAACCUUAUAAAGCUUAAAACCACAAUCUUAAUAUGCAAGUUACAUUCGUCAUUUACUUAAUAACUGGUUACAAAACAUUGCAAGGCUAAAACUGAUUGGAGCAGGAGUAAAUUGAUUCCAUAUUACGCUUUUCCUGUUAUUGCUUUUCUAUUUUAUGUGGUUACAUAUUGACAGCAAGGGAUAUGACAAAGUUGUUUUGUUCAGUCUGGGAUUGUUAGGUACUUUCCACUGCUUCCUCGGUGCCCCGCUCCCCACCCCUUUUUCUAGUCUGUCCGGUUCUGACCACUUGACAUGAGGUCUGGGCCUACAUGGCCUUAGAUAACACUGGAUUGUCCCUCACACAAAUGUGUGUAUCUCUGACGAUUCCUAGAUACUCUCUUUGGUUUCAAAAACAGAUCUUUUUGAAAAACCUUCAGUGUAUAUUGAAAAAUUGUGGGAUCAUUACAUAUAUCAGCAUUACCAAAUCCAGUUGGCACCUGCUUGAAGGUGCAACAUAAUCACUCUAGAUCAAUUGUGUCUUGUUAGCAGACAUUCUUCCUGAGAAGACUAGAUGAGUAUACACUAAAUAAAUAGUAGACUAAGGCCAUGUCUACACUGCACUUCUGUCAUUAAAACUUUCAUAGCUCAGGGGUGUGAAAAAACCUCCCCUGCAUGACAUAAGUUUUAAUGACAAAAAGCGCCAAUGUGGACAGCACUUUUUCAGUGGGAGAUGCUCUCCUGAUGAUGGAUCUACCACCCCUCAUUCGGGGUGGUUUUGUUUUGUCAUCAGGAGGGUUCUCUCCCAGCAACAAAGAGUGGCUACAUUGCGCACCUUACAACGGCGUGGCUGCAACGUCACAGCUGUUGUAAGGUGCACAAUGUAGACAUAACCUAAAUCAAGUGACCCUGCAAAGUUUUUCAAAAUCUAAUGUUAUGCAAUGUUGUAUCACAGUGAAAAGUGGUGGUCUAGGGCUAGUCUUUACUAGAAAAUUAGGUCUUGUUAGAAUGCCAGCCUUGAAGAUCUGUGUAAAUUAACACAGUGUUAAACACAGCCUUGCAGUCUGUGUAGACAGUACCAGUUAUGUUUAGCAUUGACUCAGCUGGCUGCAAGUAAGUUCCUUAACAUUCUCCCUUUUGAACUAUCAAGUUGUAGCGUUGCAGUGACUAUGAAAAGGAGAUAAUGUAAGGUUGUUAUGCUAAUGCUGUAGCUUGUCUACCUGAGGAGGCUCUUGUGAAGUAAGCUGGGGUAUGGUUUUAAAGCCCAAGAGCUAUUCCACACUAGUUCCCUCUGUUGAUGCUCUUAAACCAAAUUGAGUGCCUUUUUGUGAAUUCACUUAAAACACUUCCAAAAUGUGUGUUCAGAAACCUGAACAUAUUAAGACUGAGCUGAAUGCUUGUACAAUUAAUAAAGAUAUUGUGCCUUCUCUAAAAGUGUGAUAAAUGAAGGGGGGGGUACCUCCCUUUUAUGGACCCAGGCACCCAGUUAGCUAUAAAAUUCCUCUUAGUAGCUGUUCUCUACUUGCUUUACCUGUAAAGGGUUAAAAGUCCCACUGCGACACAUAGGUAAAAGGAAGUGAAUGGGCACCUGGCCAAAAGAGCCAAUGGGAAGGCUAGAACUUUUUAAAAUUGAAAUAAGACUCCUUUGUCGGUCUGUUGUUGUUCUUGGAGAGAAGCGGACACAGAGCAAUUAUGCUGUAAGAAACUUGGGGCCAGGUAUGAAAAAUCAUCGGUAUCAUACCUAGAAACUACUCAUUUAAAAUCCCAGAUAUGUUAGUAGAUCAGGAAAUGUCUAGGAAGACACGAUUAGGUUUAUCUCUUUAUUACUUUAUGGCUUGUGGUCUCCUCUGUGCUAACCCCAAAUGCUUUUGUUUUGCUUGUAACCUUUGCUGGACCUCAAGAACGUUAUUCUUGAUGCUUAAUCCUUGUAAGUGUUUUUUUAAAAUCUAGCAAUAGCCUGAAUUUCCAGAGGUAUUUUCUUUCUUUUUGUUUUUAAUAAAAUUAACCUUUUUUAAGAACAGAAUUGGAUUUUUGUGUCCUAAGAGGUUUGUGCAUGUUAUUUAAUUAGCUGGUGGCAACAGCUGAUUUCCUUUGUUUUUCUUUCUCAGCUGUUCCCCGAGGGGGAGGGGGUGAAAGGGCUUGAGGGUACCCCACAAGAAGGAAUUCCCAAGUGCACCAUCCUGGGUUAUCAAAGGGGUUUUGCACUUGGGUGGCAGAAUCUACCCAUCCAAGGUCAGAGUAAAGCUGUAACCUUGGGAGUUUAAUACAAGCCUGGAGUGGCCAGUAUUAAUAUUUGGAAUCCUUGCGGGCCCCCACCUUCUGCAUUCAAAGCGCCAGAGUGGGAAAUCAGUCUUGACUGGCAACCUGACUACUGAGUACAUUGCUAAAUAUUACAAAAGCUACUUAUCUUCAGUGAGAACUAAUUUCAUGGCAAGUUUGAUGUCUGAAUGCAUAACAUUUUUAACACUCACAUCAUACUCUAAAACAGAUCAACUAAUUUUGUUGUAACUUCCCACAGAAAUAUUCGUUUUUGGUCUUAGAAUAAACAUGGAAAAUUAUUUGUAAUAAAUAAUUUUUUAAAGAAAGUUAUGAUAGUAAAAAUAAAUUAGUGCAUUAACAAUUUCAUUCUUUGUGGUGGUUUUGAUAUUACUUGUGUAACAGUAGCCAAUGGAAUCAGAGAAUGCUGGUCCCCUAUCAUGUGAUAGGAGUCUAAACUUUUGUAACCCUGGCUUAUGUCAUAUGACAGGAGCCAGGAAAUAAAGAACAGUCUCUUAC